AUGCCGCCAAAAGCGAAGCGGCUUACGAAGAAGGAACAGCAGGCAUUGGCGCGGAGGCAACUGCUCUCCAAUGCCAACGCCGUUCCCGACUUCAUGGUCGACUUCAAGGCAUUCGAUACCUUUCAGACCAGCGCGGUUGACGAGUCGGCCAGGCUGCGGUCGCUCCAUGCGCAACAGUUGACACCAUCGGAGCAAGACCAAAUCGAACGACUCUUCUGCGACAAUAUGCAGAAACUGUAUGAGGAUUCGACAUGGGGGUUUGAUCUGGCCAAGAAACGCGUCGAGCUGUUCGAAGACGCUGCGCGGUACAUCAUCGUCGAACGAACACCUGGUCAAGUUGACGCGUUUUUGCAUUUUCGAUUCGUCGAGGACGAAGGCGAUGCUGUCGUGUACGUGUACGAGAUCCAAGUGGGUCCAGGUCUGCAGCGCCAAGGCCUCGGCAAGCGACUCAUGCAGCUUCUGCAACUCAUCGGGCGCAAGUACAGGAUGAAGCUCAUCCUUCUCACCGUAUUCAAGACCAACGUUGCCGCCAUGACGUUUUACACUGAGACACUGGGAUUCGACAUCGACGACACGUCGCCCAGUGCUCAUGGCGACAUGUCCGAGUCAUACGAGAUCUUGAGCAAGUCGCUGGUGUAAUAUAUCGAGUGGUUCCAGGGUGCAAUCCCUGCAAUAACGUUAGUCAUAUAGUAUAAUGCAAGGCAUGCCCUGUAUUAAUGUCAUUCAUUGUACGCUC